AUGGCAAACAUGCGAUUCCGACUCGGCUUUUUACCAUUCCUCGGCUAUCACCACGUGCUCAUGAUAUUCAUCGCUGUUGCAAUAAUCUUACUCUCACUACUUCUUGCGGGCUGCUCAUCAUCAUCGCCCUUGAUACCCGGCAUAUUCCUGAUAUCUCUAUACUACAAAUCCUACCCACCAGUCUUUGAUCCAGCCCAGGUCGAUCCUGGCGUCACGACCGCAAUAGCCAACAUUGUCGGCCAGGCCCAGCUAGAAGUCCGGGUAGGCUAUUUCGGAAUAUGUGUGAAUCCAGAUGGAGGAUCGUUCCUGUGUAGCAACAAUGCCUCAAGUCUUGCCGGUCAGGUGAGCGUGGAUCAAGACCCGUUAAAUCUGAUCUGGGUGGCGAGUACAUUCAAGGACUCUAUCGUAUUUCCCUACUUGAUAAUCGUAGCCAUUGUGCUGGCCUUCGCUUGCUUCCUCCUCCUCCGCUACCUUUCCCGGCUGGCAUGA